UUAGAGAGGUGAAGAGCAUGCACCCGGGGCUGUACAGUGAGAGAUUAGUGAGCGGGGCAUGAAUGACAAUAAGAGAGAGAGGGAGAACAGAGAGAGAAAGAGAAAGAGAGGGAGUCUGAGGAGGACUUUCCCCCCUGGAAUCUAGUUUUACUCCCACUUUUGUAACUUUGCCUGUCGCAGUCACACAGGCUGACAGCAGAAGAAUCGGUCCCAGGUGAAACACACUUUGAGUCCAUUCCAAAAAGAGAGAGACUGUGUGUGUGUGUGUGUGUGUGUGGGGGUGGGUGUGUGUGUAUGUGUGUGUGCGUAUUAGGCAGUGUUUUUAAAAAAUGACUCAAAGGUCUGCAUCUAGUCAAAAAGAUGGAGUUGUCGCAGCCAAUGGACACAAAGUUUCCCAAAACGGGAGUCAGUCAGAUCCCGGCGGGAAACUCGAGGACGAGGACGAUGAAAAGGUGGGACUGGGGAAGAAGGUGACCCUUCUUCGAGGGAUCUCUGUCAUCAUCGGGACCAUCAUUGGAGCCGGCAUCUUCAUCUCUCCAAAGGGAAUCCUGAAGAACUCGGGCAGUGUGGGAAUGUCUCUGGUUGUGUGGAUCGCUUGCGGUGUGCUGUCUCUCUUUGGAGCUCUGUCUUACGCUGAGCUGGGCACUUGUAUUAAGAAGUCUGGAGGACACUACACAUAUAUAAUGGAAGCUUUUGGCCCUCAGAUGGCUUUCGUAAGACUAUGGGCUGACCUCAUCGCUAUCAGGCCUGCAGCGAUGGCAGUCAUCUCUCUGGCCUUUGGUCAGUACAUCCUGGAGCCUCUGUUUAUGCCCUGUGAUAUCCCCCCUAUGGCUAUCAAACUGGCCACCGCCAUCGGCAUCACUUCUGUUAUGUACCUGAACAGUAUGAGUGUGACGUGGACAGCCAGGAUUCAGAUCUUCCUCACCUUCAGCAAGCUGCUGGCCAUCUCUAUCAUCAUAGUACCCGGAAUGUACCAGCUCUUCAAAGGAGAGACCAAAAACUUUGAGAAUGCUUUUGAUCUGACCAAGGUGAAGCUGUCUGGUAUGCCACUGGCCUUCUACUCUGGGAUGUAUGCAUACGCUGGGUGGUUCUAUCUGAACUUUGUUACAGAGGAGGUAGAGAACCCUGAGAGGACUGUGCCAUUAGCCAUCUGCAUCUCCAUGGCGAUUGUGACUUCCUGCUAUGUGCUGACCAAUGUGGCGUACUUCACAGUGAUGUCAGCCGAGGAGCUCCUGGCCUCAGAAGCGGUCGCUGUGACUUUUGCAGACAGGCUGUUGGGGAAUUUCUCAGUAGCAGUGCCGGUGUUUGUGGCCUUGUCCUGCUACGGCUCCAUGAAUGGCUGCCUGUUUGCCUUGUCAAGAAUGUUCUUCGUGGCGUCACGUGAAGGACAACUCCCCGAGGUUUUGUCCAUGAUCCACGUCCGCAGACACACUCCAGUGGCUGCUGUCCUCGUACUGUAUCCAAUGACCAUGCUCCAGCUGUUUGUGGGAGACAUCUACAGCCUGUUGAACUUCAUGAGCUUCCUGCGGUGGCUGUUCAUCGGUGUGGUAGUGCUGGGUUUGAUCUACCUCCGAUACACCAAGCCUGACCUCCCUCGCCCAUUUAAGGUACCGCUCUUUAUCCCAGUGGUGUUUUGUAUCACAUGCUUCUUCAUGGUCUUCCUAUCUCUGUACUCGGACCCGGUCAACACAGGGAUUGGGUUUGCCAUUUCCCUUACUGGCAUCCCCGCCUACUAUAUCUUCCUUUACUUCAACCAAAGACCAAAGUGGCUUCAAAGGGCUUUAGAUUCCUUCAACAGAACCUUGCAGAUCCUCCUGGAGGUCAUUCCUGCAGAGCUAUAACAGCACAAUACACACAAGAUCACCUCUAGUGAGCUGAACUCAGAAAGUGAAACUGGACUACUGCUAAAAUGACAAAUUUACUACAAAGAGUGAAAGAUAAAUGUUAAAUGCUAAAUGUGAGUUUAUAUGUCUUUUGAUAAAAUUCUUAUGUUGAACAAAGUGAAAAUGAUUUUGUAUUUACAUGUUGUUGUUUUUUUGUGACCAUUGUGAUUAUUUAUGUCAGUAAAUGCUCACUUGAUUACCAUUCUCAACAAGCCACACUAACGGUGUGACCUGAGGAGCAGAUCACUGGACAUGAUAUGAACAUUGGGGCAUUUAUUAAUUUUCUUGUACUAGGACUUUUCUUGAGGGUAUAAAUGGAAUUUAGGAGUGGUCCAGACCUGUAGUACGAGUCCCGACCUGGCAGUCACUGUCUUUCUUCACUAAGGGGCAAAUACCUGUUUGACCACCAAUCAUAACGUCUUAAUCUGAAUCAAUUUGCAGUUUACUCAUCAUACCAACAUCAGCUAAAAUAAAAUACUCCAUACAACUAAAACAAAAUUAUUGCAAUUCACCAGAUUAUCAUCAUCAUGGCUGCCAGUUUACAGAAAGGGUUUUUAGACUUUAUGAUUUUUAUGCCAGUAGUUGCUAGGAAACGUCUUUCUGCAGGUUUCUGUCCAGCAGGAUCAUCCUCUGCUGCAGCUGAUAGCAUAACACCACCUGUAAUAUCUCCUGACCACCUCCCAUCAUGAGAGCUUUAGAAAGAAUUUUUCUUUUUUGUACUCCGUUAUUUGUGUCACACAGCAGUGUUGCUCUAUGUUGUUGUAUUAAUAUUGUUGUUUCAGGUCCCAUACUGACACUCCUAAACUUAUUAUGUUUGUCUGCUUAUUUCUGGAAACAGGACUUGAAGCUGUGUGAUAUUUGUACUCUCUGGUAACAUUGGUAUGAAAGAAACUUGCCCACAAAUGGAGUAGAACAAUGGAACCUUAUACUGUAUGAACAUUAUAGGGGCAUUGAUUAUG